AAAAGCAAUGAGUUCUUCCGUCGCUUUGCUCAGCGGGUCACUUUGCUCCAAAUUGCAACGGUCUGUUUACAUUCGCUCGGCAAAGGAAUCGCGCCGGAAAUUUAAAAUUUAAUCGUACAAACACGCACAGCAAAGAAAGCAGAUUCCUCCGAAAAUGACCGAACAGGCGGCACGGCUACAAACGCACAACCAGGAGAUGGUAAAGUGCCUCAACCAGCUGCGCGGCCAGCAAACGGCACUGGAGGAAAAGAUCGCCGCCCAGGAAAAGAAGAAGGACUCGCUGAGCAAGGAGAUGGAGAAGCUGCAGCGCACACUGGAGCAGCUGGAAACGUCCAUCGCGGAGGAUACGAAGGCGCUGAACGAUUGUUCGAAACGGCUCACGGAAACGGAGAAUGGCUACGCGAAGGUGGUGGACACGCUGCAGCUGCUGCUAAUGUCCGCCAAGGAGAAGGUCAACACCACUACCCCAACUUCCCGGAGCGUCCACAGCGAGAGCAGCAAACACUCGAGCUAGGAUCACAAAUACACCAAAAACAAUGCAAACUGCGCCGUUUAAGUUUAAA